UAAGAAUAAAAGAUGCCGCUCUUGGGGAAGAAAUCUUAGAAUUUUCUGGGAACGGCAAAGUCAAUGAUACCAUUAGUGGCCUUUGAGAGAAAUGAAUAGCUUGGAAGUGCAAAUUUACUCAUAUUUUGGGCCUAAAAUCAGCAGAUUCUGACAUUCUUUGUCAAUAUCGAUUCAACGAGCCCGCGAUCUUCACAAGACUUCAUUUCCCGCCUAUUUCAAACUUUCGCGCUCCAUCGAUCGCUCAGAAAGAAUGAAAGAUGCCGCUCUUGGGGAAGAAAUCUUACAAGCCAAGCCCGUUUCCGAAUGAUCUGAAGUCUGAGGAGGAGGUUUUUGUCAUCAGAGAGACGAACGAAGUCUUUAGGUCCUACGAUGAAUACAUAAACCGUAUCCUUUCGUAUGGAUUUCAAGUUUGGACCUGUCAGUUCACUGGUAAAACAAACCUGAAAUAUGAAGAAGCUGUAGCAAGUGAAGAACAGGCACUGAAAAGACUAAAGAAUUUUCCAAAGUAUUUUGAAAAAACUGUUUUGCAGAUUGUACAUCAAAGUACAAGAACACUGCAAAUGCUGGUACAGGAGUGUUGCAAAGUAUUGGAGAAGGAAUUUUUGCCAAGUGAACCAGUAGAGUGUUUAGUCAAUGGGAAAUGGAUUCAAGGAAAAAUUUUGCAAGUUCAUCAUGGAGACAAGUCUGAAAGUGGCACUGAUAUAACAUAUGACUUUGAGUCUGAUGAUAUUCAAUACUGCUUGAAGGGCAUUCCACCAAAAGAAAUCAGACAUAUCAAGAAAAUCCCAUCAGCUGAGUUGCUUAAGUGCUUCAUACGAGUCAACACCCUAAACCCUUGGAAGACUGAUAACAGCCCUUGGCUGGUCAAGAGUGAUAUAGCAAAGAAGUAUUCCAUUGCUGAAAAACUUAAUGAUUUCUCUUUGGUAUUUGGCAAGAAAACAAUACCCUCAUCUAAAACUCCUUCCAAAGGUCAUGAGAACACUGAAAAGCAAAGGAAGAAAACUUCUGACAAGAACAAAUCACAUGGGAAGUCUCAAAUGAAGAAGAGUGGCUUAAUGCAGAAAAAGCUAGACUCCUUUAGAACAAGCAGUAAUAGCAAAGAUAUCACUGUGAGCCCAUCAAAGGUGUCUGACAUGACACCGAAAAAGGUAAUGCCAACAAAGAAGGACAUCAUUGACAUUUGUUCAAGGCCUGACAAAGAUGAUGAGAAGACACCAUCCAGUCAACUGCGUGGUACUCCAGUCAAAUGCAGAUUGGUUUUAACUCCUAUCAAGUCGCCUCAAGUUACAGCUGCAAAGAGCAUCACUCCUAAAAUAAGUGAUGUAAGUAAAGACAUAAAAGAUGUGGCUGUUGAAGAAACUGCAAAGGAUGUUGUUAUCAUGGGUUGUAAAACAUCAAAAUCAUUUUUCUCUCAGCCAAGUAAAAAAGUCAGGAGUUCUCCCAAACAGGACAAAUGUAAGAAGUUCUUAGAUAGUAAAGGGAUGUUGAACAAGGAAUCAACAAAGACAGUAAAUGCUUCAAAAAAGGUUGACUUGUCUGAACCAACAGUUAAAGGAACUAAACUGAAGGAGAAGAAGCUUGCAGAUGGAACCAAAUCAGCAAAAAAGAAAGCAAAACUAGAUGUUUCUGUGGCAGAAGGGGAGUUAGUGAUUGUGGACAAUGAUUCUGAUAAUGAUUUUCAAUCUUCUCCUCUUAAGGUUUAAUGCUGCCUUCAGGAAGGAGAAACCAGACCAGGCAAUAAAUGCAUUAAUUAGGAAAACAGCUAAAGAAGUGUCUUCACCAAGCUGUCUUGCUCUUGAUCUUUCAACUCCGCAACGGAAUCAUAUCACAGAGAAAUGGCAUGCACAUACAGAAGGAUUAAACAGGAAGUUUAAUUCAAGAGUAAAUGGGCUUCUAAAGAAAUGUGAUGACAAUGAUCUCAUAGAUGCUAAACCUCUCCCACCUUGUAAACCAGUGAACAUACCAGUGGAAAUUACAGCUGAAAUGUUUGGUGAUAUAGCCAUGAUAGCAGACUUUGUACAUACCUUUUCCAAUCUUCUUGCUCCCAAGGAAACUCUGCAUAUCUCCACUGAUAAUUUAUCACAGGCCUUGAUAUCUGGUGAAGAGGGCUCUCCUUUGCUCUCAAAAAUCUUGGUCAUCUUUCUUCAGAUCUUACUGCAGGAUGGGUCUACCAAGGGUUUCGAAUUGGGUAUGAAGCUCUCAGAGAUGCCGUUGACACAGCACACAGCAUCCGAAAUCUCAAGAAUCUACUUGAACUCCAAACUUAAGAUGCUUUUAGCUUUUGAAGAGGAUAAACAGCUUCAAGAAAUACUGGAGUCAUUAGAAAAGAAAGAUUUUCAUCUCUUUAAUCCUGAAGAGAAGACAAAGAUCCUGGUUACCCUGUGCCACGAGGUUUUAUCGUCAACUGCUAUUGAUGAUUACAUCGGAAAUCAACGAGCAGAGGCCACAGAAUUAAGGAAACAAAAGCAAGCCAAGCAGAAAGAAAAGAUGAAAAAAAAGGAAGAAGAGGCAAGCAAAAAGCAACUCAAAGUGGAUGAGCUAAAUGUGAAAGAAACUGGAUCAGAUUGUGUCACCUCAGAACCCCAUGGUUGUUGUCCUGAGAUGGAAACAUCAAACAAAAUGGAGGAGAAGAGAGCCAAAGAGAAAAGUGAAGUUUCCCUGAGAGCAGAACAGGACAUGGAGGAUUAUGAAGUGGUUGAAACUCUGAGGAAAAGAAGGGAAGACAUGGCUGCAAAAGACAUCAUAAAUGAGAAGAAACUAAAAGAAAAAGAGGAGAGACUAGCAAAAGAAGAAGAGGAACAGUUAAAUCUUAACGUGGCUCAAUGUUUGGAUUCUUUGAGAUUAAAACCCUUAGGAUGUGAUCGUAACCAUGGCCGUUAUUGGGUGUUUAAUGGUGUUGCACCAGGAAUUUUUGUAGAACAUGGCUGGAGAAAUUUAGAGGAUCUUUCAAGACCUGCUGGGGAUGCUUCCAAAGAGGAGAAAGAAGUUGGAGACAAUGCUGAUGCAACCAUUGAAACAGAGUAUCAGGAAGAAGUGUGUCAAGAGGGGAAUGACAUUGAAAUGGUGGAAGAGACAAAAGUUGAGAGCAAGAUGGACGCUUGUGCUAAAGAUGGUGUACAAGAAUCAAGGUCGGCUGCUGUUCCAUACGAGUGGUCCUGCUACAGUACUGUUGAAGAAGUUGAAGCUUUGCUUUCCUGUUUGUCAAUUCAGGGUUUAAGGGAGAGUGAGUUAAAGAAGGCUCUCAAAGAAAAAUUGCCAGGGAUCACUGAUGGAAUUGUUAAAAGGAAUUCUUCAGGGAAAGUCUUAAAGCCAGAGACUGUAGAUGAAGCACCUUAUAGCUCCAUUAAAGGGGAAUUGAAGGACACAGCUGAGAGACUCGUCAAUGGAAACUUAGCAGAGCUUGAAAAUGACCUGGAGGAAUAUCUUGAGGGUGUAGACCAAGCCAUGAGUGCCAGUGAUUUGGCGUUGCAACUUGGAAAGUUAUUACCGGCAGUAUUACCACGCUUCUAUCGGGGUAUGUUCCAUUUAGACAACAAGGGAUCUGAAGAAGCCAAACGAAGAUGGUUAGAUGCAGUGAAUAAAGCAACAACAGUGUCUAGACUGCAUCUAUUACUUGGAAUUUUGGAUUCUCUUGUGAUAUGGGAUUUGUCAGCAGAGCAUGCGCGAUGCAAGAUUUGUGGGCGCAAAGAUAUUGGUAAGACAUUGAUACUGUGUGACCACUGUAACCAAGGUUAUCAUCUGCAUUGUUUGAGGCCAGCGCUAUCUGAAGCGCCCGAGGGAGACUGGACCUGCCCUGUUUGUAAGCCAAAUGAGAGGGUGAGCAGUCGAGCAGAAAGCAAGAAUUACAAAGAAGAAAGUGGGAGUGAUAUUGAAGAUUCAAAAGAUGAGGCAAGUGAGGCCAGUUUGAAUAGUUGCGAUGAAAAUGAAGAUUACUGCUACACAUGUGGAGAAGAUGGUGACUUGAUCUGCUGUGACACGUGCCCACUGGUUUUCCAUACAACAUGUCAUCAGCCACCUCUCAGGAACAUACCACGGGGUGCGUGGAGUUGUUGGUUUUGUCGUCAGCCGAAGGAUCAGAAGAGAGCCAAAGGUCGUAAAUCAGAAACUUCCGUGAAAGCCAAAGCGAAAAAGCAUUUAAAGCGAAUGGGAAACUUUAUGAGAGAAUCUGAACGGAGACAAUCUUCCCUGCGAAUCGAGACGGCGUCCAAACGAAUUCGCCAGAGCCAUUCACGUGACGGAAGAAGAAGAGCUCGUGAUGCACGAGCAAGAGCUGGUACGAGAGCAAGUGUAAGUUUGGAGGACAUUUCUGAUGAAGAAAGCAUCGAUGGUAGAGACAAUCAGAAACAUAGAAGAGUGUCCAGAAGGCUUCAGAGGAUGUACCAACAAGAUUCUAAAGAUGAAUUGGAAGAAAGCAGUACAAGGGGUACGAAUGUUAAAUCGUUUUAUGGUAAGACCAGCAGAAAAGCGCUCAAACGGCAAGUCUCCAGUGAGAAGGAUGAUGACGAGUUCUUGGAAAGGCGAAGGAAUGCCAAAAAGAAGACGAGUGCGCAUAACAAGCGUCAGAUUUUAGCCGUUUUUGAAGACGAGGGAGACGAUGACGGAGAUUCGGAAAAGGAAAACCUCAAAACUAGUCGCUCUGCAUCGUCUCAAAAGACCACACACAGAUCCACGAGGAAUCGGCGACAAGUUUCGAGCUCUCCCGAAGAAUCUGAAGAGAGUGGAUACACCGAAGAUGCUGCGGAGCCGAACAAUGGCCGUCCUUUAGGAAUAAAAGACAAGAACGCGAAGAAUUUAUCUGCAAGCAAAGGCGGACAAAAGGCAGCAACGAAAACUAGAAGAACCGGAGAAUCACCCGAGAAUUCCAAACGAAGACGUGUCAAUGUGGAGAUGGACACCUGUGAGCAAAUUUUACGAGCACUCCUUCGUCACGAAGACAGCUGGCCUUUUACACAAGCGGUUAAUCUUCGUGAGGUCCCAGACUACUUGGAUCUCGUUUCGACCCCGAUGGACCUGGGCACCAUCAAGGAAAAACUGAAUAGUUUAGAGUACGUGGAUGUUGACAGCUUUAAAGCUGACGUUCGACUUGUAUUUUCAAACAGUGACAAGUACAACUUGAGCACUUCAGAGGUUGGACAAGCUGGCAAGAAUCUGGAACAAUACUUUGACAAAAUGUUUGAAGAAAAUUUCUCAAGCAAGGACAAGAAAUCCAAAGUCCAUAGAAAACGAUGAUGAAGAGCGUUAGGCAUAUUACUAGUCACAAAACACAUGAAAUCAUCAACAUUGAAUUAUAUCCGAACAUUGUUUUUUGUAGUAAUUAGAAAAUAAGUCAUAAAUGGAAAUAACAGAAAUGGGAACUAAAGACAAGAACUUACCACAUUCAACAUAGAUGUGGUUACUUUGAUUAACAGGUUUAGUUUACAAAAUGUUUUUAUUUUUGCGAAGAUCUAAGGAAAAAAAAUUGCUAUUACAAUAGAUUUCGGCAUGACCCGUUUCGUUUUUACUGUUAUAUCUUGUUGUGUUCCGACAACCUCUCGCUUUUAUCUGGAUCAAUAAUUUUUUCCAAACGUUGUCAGUACGUCUGUUUUUUCUUUCUUAAUUUCUUACAUGUUAAAGCAUUUUCUAUCUUGAAUGUUUUACGUCUCAUUACUGCUCCGUUAAACAUUACGUUUGAAAUCCCUCUUCAACCCUCGCACUUACAGCAUUGAUCAAUCUGUCACAAAACAAUAAGGUUUAUGUUCAGUCAGAUUCAUUUUAACCCGAGCCUCUAGGCGAGGGUUAAAAUGACUCUAAGUUGGGCCCAGAACAUAAAAUACCCGUAAACGUCAACCUUUAUUGUUUUGUCCCUUAGGAGAGUCUUAUCACUAAAGAAUCGAGACAUCGGCGAGAAGGUGAAAGCUUACUCCAAAAUACCGUGAAGUCGAGUACUAACCCAUGCGGGAUGUUGGGAGAACACGAGUAAAGGUUGUAAAUAACAAGCCGGAGGCCGCCUAGGCUAUUACCCGGUAAACUGUAAGAAAGAGCGAUCUAGCUCUACACUAAAGCGUACCAUAUUUCUAUUGAUUUACCAGUUCAUUAAACGAUAGGUUUUUGACCGAUCAGGACUCGUGUAAUAUCUCAGUUAUUUUAUAGAGAAGUU